GGUACAUCUGUUCUUUUAAUUCACGUCUGUGCGUUUGGCACAGAUGUUUCGUUCCCAAGAUGGCGGUUGUUUUGUUGGCGUAGACAACGUGGAUUAUGGGCUCAAGAGUUUGGAUCUAGCAAAGUAAAAAUGUUUGGGCCCCAUGUGAUGGAAGAAGAAGUUUUACAAAACUUGGAGCCAAAAACAGAUGUAGUUUCACAACAGCAUGCUCUUGCUUACUUGGAGCAGCUGAAGAAUUCUGAGACUGGAUGGCAGUUUUGUAUGAGCACAUUAACCAGGGGGAUGACUCAGGAUAACCAACUCAGAUUCUUCUGCUUUCAAGUGGUUGAGCAUUACAUUAGGAACCAUUAUAACAAUGAGAACCUGGCCGACCAGCAACGUGUGCGUGAAUUUCUUAGCCGCUGGAUUCAACUACAGUGCACACAGCUUGGGAGACAGGAAGCAAUAUUUCUGCGUAACAAAGCAGCCCAGGUUUUUGCCCUUGUGUUUGUCCGUGAUUAUCCAUUACAUUGGACUGACUUCUUUGGUGACCUCAUUAAAACUUUGAGCUUUGGACCCCAAGCUGUAGAUAUAUAUGUAAGAGUGCUCAAAGCUAUAGACAGUGAGGUGGCUGACCAAGAUAUUACUCAUACACAUCAAGAGAUAGAGAGAAAUGCUGCAAUAAAAAAUGCUAUGAGAGGAAGCUGUGUAGAAAAAUUGGUUGAAUCAUGGUACCACAUUCUUAAAACUUAUGAAACGAGCAACCCGGAACUUGUAAAUCAGUGUUUAGAAAUUAUUGGAGCAUAUGUAUCAUGGAUUGAUAUAGGACUGGUGGCCAAUGCUCGUUUCAUUGAGCUGCUUCUCUCCUUACUGUGUGUGGUUGAGUCACGGGAAUCUGCUGCUGAUUGCUUGCAUGACAUUAUCAGCAAGGGAAUGGAGCCACUGGACAAGCUGCAAUUGAUUGAAACUUUGGUUCCCGUCCUGCAGAGUUCUGGCAUUCUGAAACCUCUUGAGGAUGAUGAGACUGAUUUUUCAUGCAAGCUAUCACAUUUGGUGAAUGGGAUAGGACUCAAUCUAAUUGAUGCACAUAACAAACUAUCAAAAUCAGGAUCUGUAGAGCAGGUUGCAUUGCUGCAGAAUGCAGUCGAGCGUAAAGUCCCAAUUAUGAUUCAGUUCCUCAGCAAUGAUUAUGAUGAUGUGUCUGCAGAAGUUCUGGAGUUUGCUAAAGAGUAUAUCCAUAUGCUGAAGGCAAAGGUGAUGCAAACAGAGGAACAGCUCGGUUAUGCGCAUACUCUUCUACUUACAAUUGUGUACAAAAUGAAGUAUGAUGAAUCAUAUCGCUUUGAGCAAGAGGGGGAAGAUGAGGCCACAUUCCAGGAAUUCAGAAAGCAGUUAAAAGUGUUAUUUGACAACUUGGCAGGGGUUAAUAAAGAGUUGGUGAUUGAAUAUGUGACAAAGUUCACAACCAACACACUGUGUGAAUGGAGAACUACCUCCUUUGAAGAUGUCGAGAUUGCAAUUUAUUUACUGUAUCUGAUGGGUGAAGCUAUUCCAGCAUCUGGUGGCAACCAUUUCACUGGUGAUCAUACUAAAGUAUCAGCCAUGCAGACAAUGAUGCAUACAUUGGUUACUUGUGAUGUGAGCUACCACCCACACCCAGCUGUUACACUGCAGUAUGUUGAGACUGUUGUGCGAUAUGAGAAGUUCUUUAACACGGAACCAGAACACAUUCCAUAUGUGUUAACAUCCUUCCUUGACCAACGUGGUGUGAGGAACAGUAGUCCUCUUGUCCGCAGCCGCUGUUCUUAUUUAUUUUCACGUUUUGUCAAGUGCCUGAGGACACUGAUACAACCAUAUAUAAAGGAAGUUUUAGGACCCCUGCAAUUCCUGUUGAUUCUUAAUCCCCCCGAAAAUGGAUCACGCCUUAUUAGUGAAGAUGACCAACUGUAUUUGUAUGAGGCUGCAGCAGUGAUGAUAGUGUCUGGGGCUUUUGAUGCUCAGCAAAAAGGGAUGCUUAUGUCAAACAUGCUGAUUCCUGUGAUGGAGAAGUUCAAGACAUUGGUGACUCAGUUGCUAGUGGAGACAGAUGAACGGAAGCAGCAGCUAUUUGCUCAGACCCUGUGCCAUGCUAUGGCUGUCACUAGCCGUGCCAGCAAAGCAUUUACAAACCAUCAGACGAUGAAGUCUUGUUGUUGUGUGCCUGUAUUUGUUGAGGCCACAAAGGUUUUCCUUAACUGCUUGCAGAUUCCAACACAGUCACAAGUACUUCAGAGUGGAGUGCGGCAAUUCCUUCAUAGGAUGGUAGUGUGCCUGGAAGAAGAACUUCUUCCUUAUGUUCCACGGGCAUCAGAAGGUCUUCUAAAGGGCAAUGACAUACGGAGCAUUCAGGAAUAUGUGCCGUUGAUUGUACAGAUAAUUGCAAAAUUUAAAAAGGAAGUGAUUCCAUUCCUGCAGCAAGUUUUCAUGCCAAUUGUGAAUGCAAUCUUCUCUGCACAAUCAUUGCCUAUUGAAGAAAAUGAUGAGCAAGGGAAACGGGAGAAGCAGUUACUCCAACGCAACUACUUCCAGUUCAUUGCUGCUGUUGUCACAAACAAUGUUUCAGAGGUUCUGAAUGCUCAGGACAGCCGGUUCCUUGAGCAGGUGAUGAUGAGUAUCAUUCGUGGAGCUGUAGAUUUCCCAGAUCCAGUGGCUCAGAAAACGUGCUUCUCAAUCCUGCGAAAAUUGGUGGACUUAUGGGGUGGUAAGGAGCAGCCUGAUGACUUCACACAGUUCAUAUACAAGAACAUAGUUCCUGCAUGCUUUAUGGCACCCCUUAAGUCCACAUUUGAUCUCUCUGAUGCUCAGACAUUACUGGCAUUGGCAGAGAGUGCCAUGUGUUUGAAGGCCAUCCUGCAGAGACGUGGGGAUGAGUUUGUCAGCUACCUCCAUACAGAAUACCUCCCAACUCUUCAGAUCUCUCCGCAGCUUAUAGAUGAGUAUUGCCAGGCCCUCAAAGCUGAAAACAAAGUCUUCAAAAAUUAUGUCAAAAUAUUUUUCCAGCAAGCAAGAACAUGACAGAUGUGGAAGAUUCUGAACAAAAGCAAUUGAUUGAUGCCUAAUGGUAAAAAUUAAUACCAUGAUAUUAUUUUUUCCUGGAAUUGCUGAUGUUUCUGUAAAUAUUUCUUUGUAAAUAUUUAAUUUAGUACUGUUACAGAUUUUUCUGAAAUCGCACACAUUUCUGUGCUCUCAACAUACAUGUGAUUAAGUUGAAUUAUUGAUUUAUUCUAGUGCUGUUUUUGAGGUAUGAAGAAUUGAGUAAUCUUGUUUAUUGAAUAUAUGAUUCUUUUACACUUGUCUGAUGCUGUCCAUUUAAAACUCUCACUGAUGAUACUGAAUUGAGUGAGUAUUUUUUAAGUAUCUAGUGUCUGUUUUAUAAAUGAGACUCUCA